CUUCAAUCAAAUUCUUCCAAGUCAAACCAACCUAUAACACACACACACACAAUAUUACUUACACGCAAUCAUCAAAUAAAAUAAUAAUAAAAAUAACUUCCGAUUACUCAAUCGGAUGAUCAUAGUUGAUAGGUUAAAGUCAUCAGCUACGGCGGAGGUGACGGUGACGGUAACGGUAACGGUAACGGCGACGGCAGCUGAUGAAGAAAGUAAAAGGAAAAGUAAACAAUCACGGCGGAGGAUUGUUACCUAAUUCGUUGAAGAUUAUAUCUUCGUGUAUUAAAACUGUUUCUACUAAUGCUAGCACCGUCGUUCGUACCGCCGGUGCUUCCGUCGCUGCUUCUGUUUCUGCUUCUUCUGCUGAUGAUCACAGAGAUCAGGUAAUAUGGGCUGGCUUCGAUAGAUUAGAAAUCAGUCCUGCUUCCUUCAGACAUCUACUAUUACUUGGUUAUCAGACUGGCUUUCAAGUGAUUGAUGUUGAGGAUGCUUCUAGUUUUAAGGAGCUUGUAUCAAAGCGUGAUGGACCUGUAACUUUCUUACAGUUGUUGCAUAUUCCUGCAAAGUCCGAGGACAAUGAGAAGUUCCUACAGUUACAUCCGUUACUAUUGGCUGUUGUUGGUGAUGAAGCCACUCAGUCCAGGCUAGGUCAAAAUCGAGCCUACUUUAGCGCAUCGGGUAGGGAUGGUUCAAGUUUGUCUCAAUCAGGAGCCUCUGUGGAUUCUCCUACUGCUGUGCGGUUCUAUUCUCUGCGGUCGAACUGUUAUGUGAAGGUUAUUAGAUUCAGAUCAGCUGUUCUUAUGGUCAGAUGUAGUCCUUUGGUGGUUGCUGUGGGUCUUGAAAAUGAGAUACACUGCAUAGAUGCGGUCACACUUGAGAAUAGGUUUACAGUUCCCACGUAUACGGUUCCUCGAUCUGGAGGACAAGGAGUGGUUGGAGUUAACUUUGGGUAUGGUCCAUUGGCAGUGGGUCCGCGGUGGCUAGCAUAUGCUUCAAACAAACUGCUUGUAUCGAACACGGGCCACUUAAGUCCAAAGAACCUUACUCCGGGUAUAAGCCCAUCCACCUCACCCAGCAAUGGUUCUUUGGUGGCUCGUUAUGCCAUGGAAUCAAGCAAACAGUUAGCUGCAGGAAUAAUCAGCCUCGGUGAUAAGGGGUAUAAAACGUUCUCUAGGUACUAUCCGGAAAUGCUCCAAGACCAUCCAGAUUCUCCUACAUCAAAACCAUCCUGGAAAGUUAGGAAUGCUUCUUCUGAAAUAGAUAAUGCUGGAAUGGUCAUAGUGAAGGAUGUUGUUUCAAAAGCUGUUAUAUCACAGUUUAGGGCUCACUCAAGUCCACUGUCUGCUUUAUGUUUUGAUCCAAGUGGGACCCUUCUGGUUACAGCCUCGAUACAUGGUAAUAACGUUAAUAUCUUCCGAAUUAUGUCUUGUACCCGCACCAGUUCUAGCAAUCAAAUUCAUGAUUGGAAUUCCUCACAUGUCCUUCUUUACAAGCUUCACCGUGGCAUAACAUCAGCUGUUAUCCAAGACAUAAGCUUUAGUCGCGACUGUCAGUGGAUUUCUGUUGUUUCAUCCAAAGGGACUUGUCAUGUGUUUGUUCUAUCACCAUUCGGUGGCGACGUGGGCUAUCGUUCUCAAGGGCUCCAAAUUCAGGCUAUCAGCCGGGUUCGAUCUCUGCCAUGGUGGUCUACUCCCUCAUUUGUUAUGGACGAUCAAAUGUUUCCACCUCCACCCCCGCUUACACUUUCUGUAGUGGGCAGGUUAAAGAAUAACAGUUCAGGAUUUCUUAAUUCUGUUAGCAAUGCUGCUUCUUUUGUGGGAAAAACAAUUAUACCCUCUGGUGCUGUUGCCGCUGUUUUCCAUAAUUCCAUGACCUGCCGUAAUCAGGAUGUUUCUAAAAAGGUUAAUUCCUUGGAAAAUCUCUUAGUUUAUACUCCAUCUGGAUAUGUAAUUCAAUAUGAACUUUUGCCUUCAAUGGGAAUCCAACAUAUUGAUGUUGGUUCAAGAAACUCAGUUUCAUAUCAAACUGGCCACGAGGAAUUGGGUGUGAAGUUUGAAUCUCGGCAAUGGUGGCUUGUGUGCCGAAGAUUGGAUUCUCCAGAAAGGGAGGAAUGUGUUUCAACUACCUCUGACCCUAGUGACAGUGUCUAUGUGGGAGGUCAAUCGCUGGUCAUAAGUGAUUCCAUGUUAAAUGAUAGAUCCCAUUGGUUUCUGUCUAAUGCCGAGGUCCAAAUACAUUCUGGGAGAUUACCUUUGUGGCAGAGUACCAAGGUGCAUUUCUACGUUAUGAGAUCUGCGAACGUGGAAGAAUUUGCAUGUGGAAAGGCUCACAUUGAGAACAUUCCAUGUUAUGAAGUUGACAUAAGAAAAAAGGAUUUGUUGCCUGUUUUUGACCAUUUCAACAAGGAUGACAGAGCCUGUUCUGUCAGAAAAAGUUUUGGUACCUCAUCCGUGGAGUCCAGUCAAUUUAGAGAGAAAGUUAGUGAUGAAUCCGUCAUCUAUCUUUCAAAGCCAGCAUCGAUUAGCUCCACGGAAAGCUCAGAUGGAGGGUCAUCCCGAAGGAUCGAGAAUUUGCUUGAUCUUGAUCCAGUGAAUUCUGAAAAGUAUAUAAUACCCACAAAUCAUACUCUGAACGAACUAUAUAUUGAAAGGAAAACCUGUAUUAGUCCGCCCUUAUUACACCCAAAUCUGACAGAAACAUCAAUUUCCCCUGGCAAGCUUUACAACACUAACACUAUUCAUCUGGACCAUAACAGUACAAUGAGCUCCCCAUUGUUAAGUGCUGACCAUUUUGAUAUCAAGGAAUUGCCUCGCCCAUCCCUGUCCCCAGAAAAGCCAGUAGAUUUUGAGGGGUGUUUUCAAGAGGGUUGUUAUAAGGCGGUUGAACCUGAGGGUGGCUACAAGCUUACCGGAGGUUCAUUUGAUUAUGGUGAAACUGAUGGAAAUCAUUUUGAGAGGGAAAUCUCAGAGAAUGAUGGGGAGGAGGAUGAAUUACUUGGUGGCAUGUUUGACCUUUAUGAAGAAGGUUGAUUCAUUGCAAGAUGCAUUCAAAUUCAUCGAUGGCUGCUCCAUGGCUUUGAUCGAUCUUUGUAAGAUCAAGUCAGAACAUUGUAUCAUUGUAGGUGAUAAUUUCUCUCUCAUCUCGUGUAUAUUUGUGAAUAAAAUGACAGUUUUUAUGGUUAAGGUGGGUUUGGUAUAUGUUGAAGGGGGAUGAGGUUUAUUUGAUUUCCUCCAUGCACUGAACUUUCUAUCUAGUUGGCUUGUUUAGAUGUGAUCAGUGUGAAAGUUCUUUACAAAAUGUAUAAAGUAAACCUGUAUAUAUAUUCUACUUAGAAAGAAAAGAAAUUUAAAUGAA